AUGAUAUAUACUAAAGCUCAUUUGCGUUUAGAUGUGCCUACUAGGUGGAACUCAACUUAUAUGAUGUUGAAUGUGGCUGAAAAAUAUGAGCAUUCAUUUGAUUCAUUUGCUCGUGAUGACAAUAGCUUUUUUCUCAACCACAUAGUUGGAGAUGGAGUCCCUACAUUUGAUGAUUGGGAAAAUGUUCGAAGAAUUGCAAAGAUUUUAGAGCCUUUUUAUGAUCUUACAUUGAAGAACUAUGACCGCUCUCGAAGGUCAAUCACGUAUUCUAAUAAAAGUGUCAUUGUCUAUGGACUUGCAUCAAUUAAAGGUGAGUUUAUUCGUGCAACAAUAUUUGUUGAAGAAGCAACAAUUUGGUUGGAGCAAAAAUAUGAGUUGGAUAAAUUUUUAGCUGAAGAGGAAGAUGAAAACAACUUGAGUUCAUUUGAUCUAUUAUUGUGGUGGAAAGUGAAUAGUCCAAGAUACCCUAUUCUUGCACAAAUGGCUCGAGAUGUUUUCUCUGUUCCUAUUUCGACAGUUGCCCCAGAAAGUGCAUUUAGCACUAGUGGACAUGUUCUAGAUUGUUUUAGAAGUUCAUUAACUUCGACGAUGGUGGAAGCUUUGAUUUGCACUCAGGAUUGGCUUCGGAAAUCUAAGGAUCACAUCAAUCUUGAUGAGUAUGUUUUGGAACUUCAAGAGAUGGAAGAUGGUAAUAUUUAG